AUGAGUCUGUGCAAUUGGGGUCUCCCGGCUUGUCAUCAUAAGGUUUAUGAGCUGGUUCAGGGGACUCAUCUCAACAAGAAGGAAGCAGUGUGUCAUUACGAAGCUACCAGCGAUGGGAGUUAUGAAAUGCUUCUUGACGCAUUGCAAAGCUAUGGAACCUUAGGCAGCCUGGGCCCCCGUGUGACCAUGAAGCGGAAGCUUCUUCAAGUUCUGUACCCAAAGUAUAAACAAGUGCCUGAGACGCACAUCGCGUGGUUGGCAGAUGCCGCGAGGGAGAUGCUUAAUCCUACUAAUUUGCGACGACUGGUAGACUUUGUUCACUACGAAUGGGACGGACAGCUCGGCGAUACAGGUUAUUGUCCAUAG